CGCGGAAGCGCGCUUGUCGUGGAUUGUGGCUGCGACGAAAGUCAACACGCGCGCUUAGGGCCCGCCUCCAUCCAACUCGAACUCUACUCCUUCCAUUCGCUCUCAUACCGCUAGUUCCCGACUCAGACAGUCUGACGCGCCCACUGUCACAUUCCGGUAGCUCUCAUAGAAGCAUUCGCACCGUCGUGCUCGCUGUCGGAAUUCCUGCCGCAAUGUCCUCUCCAGUACCAAUCGUCUCUGAAUCUACGUCUUCCUCUUGCGACUUGGGCCGACACAAUGACCUUUUGGCCGAAGACGACGCGUCAGCUGUCCCGCGAGUCCUCUUCAACGAGGACUUACUCGACAACAUUGUUGGGUUCCUUCAUCACUCCCAGUACACGGACGACCCAGUCUCUGUCGCACGCCUGGCUCGUACGUCGAGGCGCCUACAAUACACGGCAACGCGCGCUUUAUGGGCGACAUUGGACUCGCUCGUGCCGCUUUUAAAGCUCAUCCCAGGGCUCACUUGGAAUCAACAUCGGGAGGAAGGCGGUACUGUCCGUUGGGACGUCGCAGAGGCUGCUACCACGCCCCCCGACGCUCUGGCCCUCAACACGACCCGAUUCGAGUGCUACUCAUCGCUUGUCAAGACCUUCAUUUGGACGGAUCAAGACCUGGCCGCUGAAGCGUUCUUCUUCUUCCUAAACGCCUUGUCGGAAUUUGGCAAGCCGUGGCUUCCAGCCGUGCGCAAGUUUAAAGAUCAAUCGCGGGACUACCUCCCUCCGCUAGUGGUCUUUGGUGCGCCGACCCUGCAGUCACUGUUGGUCAACGGCUUCAUCACAAAGGAGGAGAGCUUACUGGAUUUGCUCGAGGAGCUGCCAGAGCGAUGCGCUGGCCUCCAGCAGAUACACCUUAUGUGCACAACCGACGCAAUGUGGUCGUCGGUCAACUCCGACUUCUACCCUAAUGUCACGACAUUCCUCGUCAGAGGGAUUGAUGGGGCUUCGCUGAUGGGUCUGCGUCACCUGCGCACGAUUGUACCAAUUGGAUGGGAGGGCAUGUCCUGUCUUGCACACAUGCCGCAGCUUGAGCAACUCGAGAUGUUUCUGUUCGAUCUAGACUUCGACGGGCUCGACGUCCAGCUGCUCCCCGCUAACCCCUUUCCGAGUCUGACUCGGGUAUGGCUCCACAUGUUGGAGCUGGAUGAUGGGUUCGUGGAACUCAUUGACAAUAUUCACUCCGUCCACUUGAACAUUUUGCAAAUACAAAUCGCGCACAAGGCCCCGGAUGUCGCUACCACACGCAAGUUCUUCGAAUCCGUGGCCCGUAGUGCGUUCUCCCGCAACCUUACGAAACUCUGCUUCUUGGUACAGUCAACGACGCAGACGGAGGCGAAUCCCCAGAGUUUGCAGCCGCCAACAUCGUCUAUACACACGCUCCAGCCGCUCCUGCUACUCGACCUAGAAGUCUUAUCCAUCGAGGUGCCCCGAAUCUUCCUGUACAGCGAAGACAUUGACGAUAUGGCAGCGGCAUGGCCCCGUCUCCAGGGCAUCAAGAUUCGUCAGACUUGGCACAUCGUGGCGCCUGUGGAGGUGCACGCAUUAUUGGCGUUCGCCGACUGCUGCUACCUGGAGGAGAUAGACUUUGAUGUGGGUAUGGACGAUGUGCCGUAUGAACUGGAUCAUCAUCCCCGGCCGUUGACCUCGGUGAGAUAUCAAUCGUGCCGCAUUGUAUGCCGAACCAAGGCAACGUAUUACUACUGCGUCGCAUAUCUCGACCGCCUGUACCCGUACGCUACAACACAGGAGGCAUUGGACAAGUUAUGGGAGUACUUCGACCAGCUUGACUCUGCCCAAGCCGAUGAACACUCAUCAUCGCUCGUCGCUGGCCCCAGCGACGAUGGCUACUUCGAAAUAUUCGUUCCCGACUGACUGCUAUCCUCGAC